UUCACAGCAAGAACAUUCUCUCAACAUGAAGCAGUUCUCGAUGGCUCUGGCUCUGGUGGUGGCCCUGGCAUGCCUGGUGAGCUGGACCAGCGCCAUGCCUCAGCCUGACCCCGCGGCUGACCCUGGCCCCGCGGCUGACCCUGGCUACCGUCGCUUCGGUGGAUUAGGAUAUGGUGGAUACGGCUACGGCGGUCGUGGAUUCGGAUACGGGGGCUACGGCUAUGGAGGAUACCACCGAAGCUAUUACGGAUAAGGAUAUCCUGCUUACAGCUGUUGAAAAGAACACCCUGAGCAGCACUAUAACAUUUUCACUUCCUCCAUUUCUUCUCAAAUAAAAUUCAUGAAUUAAU